UUUUUCUUUGGAUAAUGGCUGUUCUUGCUUCACAUCUGAGAUACUUUGACAUGUUUUGGGAUAAAUCUCUCAAGAUUUGUUCAUUUUAAAGAAAAUCGAAGGACUUACUCAUCGUUAAGAGGCAGAAACUGCAUUUGAAAGAGACAAAUGGAUCGCAACGAGUCUCAGUCUCUUACCAGAACGGAUUUUUCUGCGGAACACUGAAAGUAAAGGAGAUGCUUAUGGGAACCUCCAAUUCCUUAUCUAUAAGGAUACCAUUGUCAGACGCUUUAUCAUGACUGAUGGCGAGGGGAGAGAACACUUUCAUUACUUGGAGAGAGGAGAGGUAAGAGUUCCCAUUUCAGCCCUGUACCGAGCGCCCAGUCCCAGUGAGGAAAUCGGAGAUGACGAGGAAAAGAGCAGCACAUGGAUCCCCGUCCAUGAGAGCUCUCAGGCACAGGGGUCCAGGGCUCGGGACCCCACUCCGGAUUUGGUCUCGGAUGAGGAGGAGCAGCCCCCCUACCCGGCGCUCGCGCCUGUGGUGUUCUUCUGCAUCAAACAGACCACUCGUCCACGGAGCUGGUGUCUCAGGAUGGUUUGCAACCCAUGGUUUGAGCAUGUGAGCAUGCUGGUGAUUCUGCUGAACUGUGUGACUCUGGGCAUGUUCCAGCCAUGUGAGGACCUCAAGUGCCAGUCUGAGUGGUGUGUCGUCCUACAGGUGUUUGAUGACUGCAUCUUCGCCUUCUUUGCUGUGGAGAUGGUCAUCAAAAUGAUAGCCCUGGGGAUUUUUGGAUCAAAGUGUUACCUUGGUGACACAUGGAACCGCCUGGACUUCUUCAUUGUCAUGGCAGGGAUGAUGGAGUAUUCACUGGACGGUCAUAACGCCAGCCUGUCAGCCAUCCGGACUGUGCGAGUGCUCAGGCCCCUGCGAGCCAUCAACAGAGUGCCUAGUAUGAGGAUACUGGUGACUCUGCUUCUUGAUACUCUGCCUAUGUUAGGCAACGUCCUCCUGCUGUGCUUUUUUGUCUUCUUUAUAUUCGGCAUUGUCGGGGUGCAGCUGUGGGCUGGACUUCUUAGGAAUCGGUGUUUCAUGAAAGAUAACGUGAAAGCCCUUUAUAAUCUGUCACACAUGAGUCCGUACUACAUGAAUGAAGAAGGUGAGGACAACCCCUUCAUCUGCUCCUCCAAUAAGGACAAUGGCAUGCUGCGCUGUAGUCAGGUGCCCCCCCUCAAGGAGGGUGUUGAGUGCACUUUAAUUGCAUCUCCACCGGGACAUGCCUACUCUGGCCUGGAUGGGACAGGCAACAGCAGCUGUGUUAACUGGAACCAGUAUUACAGUGAGUGUAAGCCCGGGGAGCUCAACCCACACAAAGGGGCAGUGAACUUCGAUAAUAUUGGAUAUGCCUGGAUUGCGAUAUUCCAGGUUAUUACUUUGGAAGGAUGGGUGGACAUCAUGUAUUAUGUUAUGGAUGCCCACUCCUUUUACAAUUUUAUAUAUUUUAUAUUGCUUAUUAUAGUGGGUUCCUUCUUCAUGAUCAACCUGUGCCUGGUUGUAAUAGCAACCCAGUUCUCAGAAACAAAGCAGCGUGAGAACCAGCUGAUGCAGGAGCAGCGAGCACGUUACCUCUCCAACGACAGCACCCUCGCCAGCUACUCUGAGCCGGGGAGCUGCUACGAGGAAAUGCUCAGGUACAUCAGCCACCUGUACCGCAAGGUGAAGCGCCGUGCUUCCCGCAUCUACAGCGGCUGGCAGAGCAAGCGCAGAAAGAAGGUGAACCCCAACAGCGGGCUGAGUGGGGGAGGAGGAGGAGGCGGCGGCGGGGGGGCCAAUGGUCACAGCAGGCACAGGGGUGGCGGACAUUGGGUUCGCUCCAUCCACAACCUCAUCCAACAGCACCAACGGCAGCACUGUCACCUCAGCAAUGGCAGCCCCAGUCCUGUGACCGCUACGGGGCCCGGCGAGGCUCUGGAAAUGAGGUCCAUCGCAAUGGGGCCGCAACUGACCGUGUCCUCACAGCCAACCGCCAUGCACAAUCUUUCUUCCAGGACCCAGUCAGUGCACAGCAUUUAUCAAGGUGACUUUCAGGAGGCCCCGCAAGGGCGAACGAGCACCGCUGUGGGUGUGCCGGCGCUCGGGCGACUAAACAGCGGGAUGAAUUAUCCGACCAUCUUGCCCUCCCUCAUUUGCAGCUAUACAGGCAGCAGUUCUGCAGGGAAAGGAAGGAGGGGGUCGGAUGCAAAUACGGGAUGUGAUGCGAUUGAUCCCUUUGAGAAGCUGCACCAGCUCAUGGGAGAACAUAGCCACAGUCGUGUGCUGCUGCAGAUGGCUGGUGUGGUGCCCAGUCCACUGCUUCUUGAGCUCCUGAGCUGCCCGUAUUGUGCAAGGGCCCUGGAGACCAUGGAUGUGGAGCUCGGUGAUUCAGACUACUCCAGAUCAGAAGGGGACGUGGUGUACGAGUUCUCCCAUGGAGCAGAGUUCAAACCCUGCCGUGCAUCCCAUCAUAAAAUCCUGGAGGAGCGUAACCGCCUGGCUCAGUACUGGGAUGACUUCCGGGACAGAUUGAUACGCAUAGUAAAUAGCAAAUACUUUAAUCGAGGAAUUAUGAUUGCCAUCCUCAUCAACACCUUGAGUAUGGGCAUUGAAUACCAUGAGCAGCCUGAGGAGCUGACAAACAUUCUGGAGAUUAGCAACAUCGUCUUCACUAGCAUGUUUGUCCUCGAAAUGCUCUUCAAACUUCUGGCCUUUGGCAUCUUUGGCUAUAUCAAGAACCCCUACAACAUCUUUGAUGGGAUUAUUGUAGUCAUAAGUGUGUGGGAGAUCAUAGGGCAGGCGGAUGGGGGUCUGUCAGUGCUGAGGACGUUUCGUCUCCUGCGUGUGCUCAAACUGGUGCGCUUCCUCCCUGCUCUGCGCAGACAGCUGGUGGUCCUGAUGAAGACCAUGGACAACGUGGCUACAUUCUGCAUGCUGCUCAUGCUUUUCAUCUUCACAUUCAGCAUUCUUGGAAUGCACCUCUUUGGAUGCAAAUUCAGCCUGCAAAUGGAGAAUGGAGACACCAUUCCAGACAGGAAAAACUUUGAUUCCCUGCUGUGGGCCAUUGUCACUGUGUUUCAGAUCCUGACCCAGGAAGACUGGAACGUGGUCCUCUAUAAUGGAAUGGCUUCCACCACCCCAUGGGCGGCUCUGUACUUUGUGGCUCUGAUGACUUUUGGGAAUUAUGUGCUCUUUAACCUACUGGUGGCCAUCUUAGUGGAGGGAUUUCAGGCAGAGGGAGAUGCUAACAGGUCAGAUGCAGAUGAGGAAAAGCGCUCGGUGAACUUUGAAGAGGAAGAGAAGAUGGGGGAAUUACGAGCUACAGAGUUGAAGAUGUACUCUCUGAUGAUGUCAGCGAAUGGGCAUGUGGAUCCUCGAGGCACUUUGCCUCCUCCAAUCAUCAUGCGCACUGCUGCCACCCCCAUGCCCACUCCGAAGAGCUCACUCGGCCCCGAGUCGGUGUUUGGUUUGACCGAGUCCAGGCGGGGCAGUGGCAUCUCAAUAGAUCCAAAUGCUUUUGAUCAAAAAUCCCUGACUAGCCCAAGAAGAUCUCCAUGCCACCCCCGUGGCUCAGGCAGUAACUGGGGCAGCCGCAGGUCAAGCUGGAACAGCUUAGGACGGGCGCCAAGUUUGAAAAGGAAGGACACGUCUGGGGAGAGGGAGUCUCUGCUGUCUGGGGAUGGCAGGGGCAGCUUUGAGGACGAAGACUUGGAGGUGGAGAAGCUGGCCAAUAUCAGUGUGGGCUCACUGCAGCAUCCCAGCUCUCUAGAUAUCCCUGAGCUGCCCCAAACCCCCAGCUUCAGCUCACUGGGAGACUACCACGACUGCAAUGGAAGAAGCCUGCACCUGCCAUCUGAGCUGUCUGCCAACCUCAGCAAGGAAGACUCCAUUGCAGAGGAGGACAUGGAUGAUAGCUUCUGUUUCCGUCUCAAGAGGACGUUUGAGGCAUAUAAACCUAAGUGGUGUAAAGAUCAUGAAGAGUGGUCCCUUUACCUGUUCUCUCCUCAGAACAAGUUUCGGAUGAUGUGUCAAAGGUUAAUUUCUCACAAGUUGUUUGAUCAUGUAGUCUUGGUAUUCAUCUUCCUAAACUGCAUUACCAUUGCUCUGGAAAGACCCUCUAUUCAGCCAUCUGAGCGAAAGUUCCUCAGUAUCUCCAAUUAUGUUUUCACUGUGAUUUUUGUUGCUGAAAUGACUGUGAAGGUGGUGGCCCUCGGCUUCUGCGCCGGGAAGCAAAGUUAUCUGCAGAGCACCUGGAAUGUUCUGGAUGGGGUGCUGGUCUCUGUCUCUCUCAUUGACAUUCUGGUCUCUCUGGCCUAUACUGGUGGAAACCGAAUCCUUGGCAUCCUGAGGGUUCUUCGUCUGCUGAGAACUCUGCGGCCGCUGAGAGUGAUUAGUCGUGCUCCUGGACUGAAGCUGGUGGUGGAAACGCUAAUAACGUCCCUGAGGCCCAUUGGGAACAUUGUGCUGAUCUGCUGUGCCUUCUUUAUUGUCUUUGGCAUUCUUGGAGUUCAGCUCUUCAAAGGAAAGUUUUACCAUUGUGAAGGUGGCGACACCAAAAACAUCACCAAUAAGUCUGAUUGUCUUCAAGCAAACUACAAAUGGAUUCGGAGAAAGUACAACUUUGACAACUUGGGACAGCCUUCGAUGCACGUUCACGAGAGUCGUCAUCGCGGCGAAGCUGUACUAAAAGAAUAUGAAGCAGCCGCGGCAGCAGCUACUAGCGCUAAGCCCAAGUCAAAUAAAUCCCAGUUCCCAGACCUUGCCUCACUUACACAGAAAUACCUGUCAACCCCUUGCCCCAGCAUAGACAGUGAACGUUUAUUUCCUGCUGCUGCAAAUGUUAUGGAUGAAAAAAACACAGAAUUGGUACCGGUCCUCUCUGCAGCAGUUGUCCCCUCACACCCAGUGCCUUUUUCCACUGCAUCAGUGAUUUGGUUUAUCUGUGUUUACCCUGCACUGACUCUUCUGCUGUCUGUCUGUAUGACUGUAUCAACAGAGGCCCAGCAGAGACCGUACUAUGCAGAUUACUCUCCAGCCCGGCUCUACAUCCACACACUGUGUACCAACCACUACCUGGACCUCUUCAUCACCUGCAUCAUCUGCAUCAAUGUGGUCACUAUGUCUAUUGAGCAUUUCAAUCAGCCUCACUACCUUGAAGAGGCACUGAAAUACUGUAACUAUGUCUUUACCAUCAUCUUCGUAAUUGAGGCUUUACUCAAGCUUGUGGCAUUUGGUUUUCGGAGAUUCUUCAAAGACAGAUGGAACCAGCUGGAUCUAGCCAUAGUCCUGCUCUCUAUCAUGGGCAUCACCCUGGAGGAGAUCAAGAUGAACGCAGCACUGCCAAUCAACCCCACUAUCAUCCGCAUUAUGAGGGUGCUGAGAAUAGCCAGAGUACUGAAGCUUUUGAAGAUGGCUACAGGCAUGAGAGCCCUGCUAGACACAGUUAUGCAAGCUUUACCACAGGUGGGAAAUCUGGGCUUGCUGUUUAUGCUCCUCUUCUUCAUUUAUGCGGCACUUGGCGUGGAGCUUUUUGGGAAACUAGAAUGCAAUGACAACAACCCAUGCGAAGGAUUAAGCAGACAUGCUACAUUUGAGAACUUUGGAAUGGCCUUUUUAACGUUAUUCAGAGUAUCGACGGGGGACAACUGGAAUGGCAUAAUGAAGGACACUCUGCGAGAGUGCCUUCCAAAUGAAAGUAACUGCUUCAGCUAUCUGCCCCUGGUUUCCCCCAUCUACUUCGUCACCUUUGUGCUAAUCGCUCAGUUUGUGCUGGUUAACGUGGUGGUGGCCGUACUGAUGAAACACCUGGAGGAGAGCAAUAAGGAGGCUAAAGAAGAUGCAGAAAUGGACGCUGAGAUUGAGAUGGAGAUGGAAAUGGCUCGGCGUCUCAGCAACGUCUCAGCAGGGAGCUCUUCAGGGCCGGAUGGAAGGGCAACUUAUGUAGGACCACACCCGCAGAAGCAUGGACAGGAUGAGGGGAUGCAAAGAACACAGGAGAAUUUGCUCUCUCCACGGAAAAUGUCAGUGUCAAGGAUGCACUCUUUGCCCAAUGACAGCUACAUGUUUCGCCCUGUGAGGCCAGCCAGUGCUCCUUAUCCACUGGAAGAAGUGGAAGCCAGUCAAGGGUACCUUGAAUUAGGCUCUAUCACCUCAGUCCACUCCCAGCCAUGCGAAAGCCAUUCCCUGCUCCAGGUCCCCGGUGUUCCUCCCCAUUCCCAGUUCAACUACCUCCCCAAGAUUCCCCCUCCCAUGCCCUCUCCAACCCACAGCAUAGGCAGGACUUUACGCAGACAGAAGGCAAUUAAAAAUGACUCCGUCGACGUGCAAAGUUUCGACUCCAAAGACAAUCCCGACAGACAGGCAGGAAUAACUACAGGCAGCUUCAAGCUGCGUGUUCCUCGGAUCACCGGACCCAGCAUCCCUCAGGGGUCACCCUUGCUGCCCCCACGUGGACAUGCCCCCAGUGUCUGCACCUUCCAGCAGCCCCAUAGCCAGCACAAUAUCCCUUCCAGACCUCCCAGCCUGGCCAGCAGCAGCAGAAGCACCAGCCCCAGUGGCUCCAUGUUUGAUUCCGCCGAUCCGACCGACGAGGAGGUCCGCCACAUCAACAGCACAGCACGGCUGUGGGUAGGGACUCAGGCAGAAGCCCGGAGUCACUCCCUGUCUCCUUACACCACCUCAGGGAUGCUGCUUCCCGUCCCCGUGAAGAACUGCAGCAGUGCUGCUAACUUAAGCGUCAAAGACCCGAAGAAGUGCUUCAGCGUGGACACGGAGGGUUUUCUGGAAAAACCCUAUGGUACUGAUGACCAUCGCAGGCACUCGAUUGAGAUUUGCUCUUCAGUAGAUGAAGGGCUGUUCGGUCAAGAACUCAGUGAGAAGAGGCACGUUCCCAUGCGUGGACAGUCGUUGCACAUUCCCCGGAAGAAAAAGAUGAGCCCUCCCUGUAUCUCCAUUGAGCCCCUGUUUGAAACGGAGGCUCCCGCUUCUCUCGCAUCCAUGAAAAAGCUGUCGGAGAGCAGCAUGCUACUACGGAGGAGGACGCCAUCCUAUGACCUGGCCCUGCAGCGGGACACUCUGGAUUUGCCGGAGAACCAGCUGUCUACCCAGCCGCUCAUCAAAGUAGAGCGGCACCCCUCUCACUGUGCUGAGUAUCUGUCCCUGCCGCACCCCACCCCAAUGGGCGGACUGGCAGGCAUUCUGUGUGAAAACACACAGCCGCCCCCCUUUGACAGCCGGUUUGAAGAAUCCACGGACUUCAGCUCUGUAAACAGGACAGCCCAAUGAGGGACAUCGGCUUUAGUCAAAUUUUACCGUCCACACUCAAGUUGACUACACUCAACUAGUUGAAUGGGGGAUGUCGACCUCUUUCUGUAGCCAAAGUUUUCCUUGUUUCUUUUUCAGAUGUAAUAUCAUCAUGAAAGCCAGCCAGGAAUGGCAACCGAGCCUAGCGGGGAACAGCGUUUGAUCUGACUGUGUUGAACAUGGGAUAUGCAAUUUCAGGUUUCCACAUGGAACUCUUAUUUUAAUCCCAGUGCUCAAUCACAUUGAUUUGAGUUCAGGAUGUGUAGUGUUGUGUAUCAUCUGUAUCAUAUUUGUCAGUCUCUCCUCCCUUUGUCAUGAGCAUCGGUAAUGUUUUCUGUAAAGACAGAGUAUACACAUUAAAAGACUAAUAAGAACUGUACAUGUUAUGUAUUUUAUUGACUCAUGAUGUGUAAAUAGAGAACAUAUUGUAUUAGUGGAGAAACAAGCUUUAUUCAUAUGCACAUAUUUUUUAUAGAGAUCUAUAAUGUUUUUGCACACAUCAAUUUGAAUUGUCCUCUGUUGUCUUCUUGUGAAUGUACAUUUUUUUUAUCAAAUAGCUGUGGGAUCAAUUCUAGUCUGUUUAGGCCUACUGAUAUUGAGAUGAUUUUUAUUUUUCUAUUGGGAGGACGGGGUGUGUCGUAUAAUAUAGAUCCAAUGAGAACCAAACUCCAAAUGAUCUGUAGCCUGAGUGCAAUACACUAUAAAUGUUUCUGUAAGUUUACCCAGUUAGGUUACUCACUUUUUAAGCAAACAUAGCCAGUAACGUGCAUCUCACAUACACAACCCUUUACCAUACUCAGGUUCAUCUCAAAAUGUAUAUUACGAUUUCUGCUACACUCUACAUUGUAGCCAAAUUUAACCAGAACAUAACCUAUUUUAACAUUUUGUGGCCCUUGGCUGUGGCACAAGUUGCAUGUGAAGGACAGAGUAAUUCAAAUGUAAAUGUGACCGUUUCUCCUGAUGUUCAAACUUUAUAACUGUCAAAGCAGAAGACUGAGGGAGUUUAUAUCAGCACACGUCUGAUCUAUUUUUUGAUCUGCUCUGCUUUGAAAUGGCACCUCUGGGUUUGUGCCCUUGUGAAACAAUGAAACAACUGUUUAAUGAAAGGAAUGUUUUGAUUUGUUUUUUUGUUUGUUUUUUAGAAGUGAUCAAUGUGAUUUAUGUAUAGUUAAACUAAGCCAUGAUGUUUUUGGCAAAUCACAGGUAAAUGACACCUGCAAAUCCUGCUCUUUAAAUUAUAUAAAUCACACAACUACAUAUCCAGUGUCAUUAAUGCAUCACCUGAGAUUUAAAAUAGUUGAUGCAGCUUUGGUGCUGUGCUAAUUUACUUUUUUCCUCCAUUUAUGAUUCUCCUCAAAAGAUGGAGAGGGAAAAUCAGUUGCAUGUUAUCGAGAGAUUUAGAAAUACAAACAUCUGGAUGUUUUUGAUAUUUCAAUUUUCAGAUAUUUUCCAUUUGUAAACUUAUUAUUUAAUUGCACUGAGAUGUAAUUACAAGGUAUUCCUCUUUGUAGAAAUGAGUAAACCCACUUAUUGUUGUCUAAUGCAAUAUUUUAUGAUAGCCUAUGUUGAGAUGAGUGCAAGAGGUUUAGAAGUUUUAGCAAAAAUCAUGGAUGAUUACAAUUGAUAAAAGUAUGUACUCUGACAACAUAAUCUGACAUCAAUUUAACAUUGGACUUUGAGACAAAUGUGUGCAGUGUUUCAUGUAUCUUACGGUACUAGAUCCAUGUUUUUGCAAGAGGAUUGUUGAGGUUUUUUUUUUUUAAAUUGCUAUUGAAUAAAUGAUAGAACUGUAUGGAUGGAGUAGUAUAUAACUGCUUAAAGUGUUUUAAUCACUUUGGGCACAUGGACAUUCUUAGCGGGGUUUUUUUUUUUUUUAUAUGAGCUUUUGCCAUCAAGCAGCCUAAUGUCCUUAACCCUUCAAUAAAUAAUCAAAGCAUUUUCCUCAAGCUUUCAUGAUGAUAUCCUUCUCUCUC